AUGCCAGUGAGAAACGACUUGUACGGUUCUUGUGGAAAAGUGGCUUUUAAUCUGUCUAUAAUUACACCCACAAUUGAAUCCGCUCAGAUCGAACAUAAUUUAUUUAUUGUCCAGUUCUAUAAUUUAAGAAAUACACCGAAAAAUGAAUCAAAUCUAUCUAUCUAUCUAUCUAUCUAUCUAUCUAUCUAUCUAUCUAUCUAUCUAUACACCUACAUCUACAUUCGUGAUCUGUGGGCGCUUAUGCCAGCUUCUGUGAGCCUUCUUCUCACUGUGCGUGUUGAUAUAGAUUUGUUUCUUGCCUCUCGAAAUUCAGCAGUCACGUUAGAAGAAAGAUACACGCUGAUACUGGGAAAAUUCUGGACAGGAAAAAAGACCCGUAGACAUUAUAUCUAUCUAUCUAUCUAUCUAUCUCAGUGUGUUCAUUAUCUAUCUAUCUAUCUAUCUAUCUCAGUGUGUUCAUUAUCUAUCUAUCUAUCUAUCUAUCUAUCUAUCUAUCUAUCUAUCUAUAUCAGUGUGUUCAUUAUCUAUCUAUCUAUCUAUCUAUCUAUCUAUCUAUCCGUGUGUUUAUCUAUCUACCUACCUAACUAUCUAUUUAUCUAUCUGUUGUAA